CAGUGACAUCCAUCAAAAACACAAAGCGAAAUGGAACGAGAAAAAGCCAUAAUUCACGUUUUCACCUAAAUUUGUAUUCACUUUGACUUAAUUUACAGCCCAUGGCGUCUUGUUGAUUCUGUUAUUUAGCCGCCUAAAAGCAGACUCGACACAAGCGCCAUACUCGCCAAAUUUAUAUUUCUAAACGUCACACCUGAUUCGGGUAUUCAUAAAAGGCAGUCAACUCUAAAAUGGUCAACGAAACUGUUAAUUUGACCAGCUUGUCAAACUUGGUCGAUGAUGACUUCGUGUUUGCUUUCGAUAUUAUCCGAGUUAUUUUUGCGUUUUGUGGGUUGUCGUCAAACUUUAUACUUUUUGUUUUGUUUUUUAAAUUUCCCUUAAUGAAUACACACGCCAAUUUAUUUUUGUUCAAUCUCGCUGUUACUGAUACGUGCUCGUUAAUUUAUGACGUGUUCAUAAUCAGUUCACGACUUCUCGACGACACGAUUGCCGAGAGCAUCCCGUGUGCUCUAGAGAGUGUCGGGAUGGUGCUUCCGACUAUCAACAUCACGUGUGUUUGUGCUAUUGCGGCCGAGAGGUGUUUGUUCAUUUGUGUCCCGCUGAAAUAUCACGACUUCAUGUUCAAGUGGAAAAACUUUUCAAUUAUCGUCUCCUGGUGCGUGCCGCUGUCCGUAUUCGUACCACUGGUCAACAUUCUCUACUGUCAGAGAAUCUACGCCACUUUCUUCGUCUCAGUCUUCGCCUCCUACCUCCUUCUAGCCGCCACCCUAGUCGCAAUACUCUUCUACGCCGUCUUCAAAACAGCACGUGAACAGCUAAAAGAAUUCAAGGUGCGACACAAACAGUGGCGCAAGGAAACUGUGAAGGCAAGGAGAGGGGCAAUUAGUAAAGGCUCAGCAGUGGGGCGGAGAGAGGGAGCAGGGCACGGGAUGGGGGGACUGUUUGCUUCGGGGAUUGAGGUGGGGAUGACAGAGGUGAACAACAAUGAUCAAGUUGAGGAGGAGGUGGAGGAGACAAUAGUGAGAAGGAAGCCGCCCAGAAGACAUUCAGCUGUGAGGUACGAUCUCAAACUGAUCAAGUGCUACGCCGUAAUAGUGGGCACCACUUUCAUCACAUACACGCUACCAGUCUCAGUCCUGUUCGCCAGACUGCUCGGAAGUUCCGACAUCCGACUGCUUAUGCACAUCCAAGUGAUCAGUGGGGCACUGGCCACGCUGAACAACUCAAUCAACCCUUUCGUCUACUUUUACAGUCAGAAGCCAAUACGCAAACAUUUCUACAGGUUAAUGCGACGUGGAAGCUUGCGAAAGCACAAGCAAGAAGUGGUUAAACAAAUUGCAUUUGACAUUGGAUGUGAAAAAGGUGUGAACACUUUUGGUGUCAUCGCAACCCGACCGAAGAUCCUGAAACGAACCUCCACAGUUGAUCAUAUUCCAGCGGGUCACAAGAAUGGCAAACCAGCUGCUGCUUUGAACAUUUUCCCUUCAAAAUAUCAGGUGGUUCGACGAAAUAGCAGUUGUCCGAACUUGAAUGAGCUUGAAAUAUAG